GGCACAGCAGUGGACAUCAUGAACGUCUACUGGAAGAACUAAAUAAAGCUGUAUCAGAAGAAGAUCAUGGUCGACGAAAGCUGCAGUCAGGUGGGCGUCAUCAAGCUUCAAGGAUACUGCAAGAAGACGUAGUAGAGCCGAUUGACAACCUGACUUGCCCUGAUGUUACUUUACUCGAAGGACAACAAGUAGUACAGCUAGAAACAAGAGACAACAAGUUUGAGGCUCUUGAAGAUAAGCAGAGAAGACGACCAGCAUUUUGGGAUACAGAGGAGGGCUUGGCAAUGCGCGCAGAUUUGUUAAGGCAACGAAAAAACUGAGCCUAUUGAAAACGGGGGUUGUGUACUACUAGAAGAGUUGACUGCACAAUGAACAUUUCCAGAACAAGAUCGAGUUCUACUACUCUGCGAAUAUUAUUAUUACAAACGUCGAAUGAUCAAGAUGAAGACUUCGGCAUCGUUUUCUAAUGAGGCGUUUCCAGAGCAUGGAGUCCGCAAAAGAUCGCUACCUCAUCCAGGAUCUAAACCACGUUUUUUGCCUCAUGAUUCUUCGUUACCUUCCGCAGAUGCCCGAACUUAGUUCUUCCUCUUCCUCCGCCACAACUUCGACUCUGAAAGCGCAAAGACCUGGCGCUGACUUCUCAAGUAGUGCGUCGACUUGUACUUCUACUAAAGAAGAGGAUAGUACGAGAACACCUGCUCCAAAAACAUCUACAUCAACAUUGC